UGCUUAUAGUUAUUCACAAAGAAAGGUCGGUUCAUAAUCUUCAAGAACCGAGUCUUUGUACAUUGCCGCCGGUUGCUGCUAUUCGAUUUCGCUUGUUUGCUUGGGAUUUUCUUUAUUUUUUGCGACGGUUGAAGCAGAGUUUUUGCAGGAUUUCGCUAUGGCAUCGGUCGCAUCUCCUAUCGUGGUAGGCACGGCCGUGGCGGCCGGAGCGUUGGGAGGGAGAUACCUGAUCGGAGCUUGGCAGGCGUUCAAGGCCCGCCCGGCAAUUCCACGCAUCCGGAAAUUCUACCCCGGUGGGUUCCAGUCCGUCAUGACCCGCCGCGAGGCUGCCUUGAUCCUCGGAGUCAGAGAGCACGCGGUUACGGAGAAGAUUAAGGAGGCUCAUCGGAGAGUGAUGAUGGCAAAUCACCCGGAUGCUGGCGGGAGCCAUUAUCUGGCUUCCAAGAUCAACGAAGCCAAGGACGCGUUGAUGGGGAAGUCGAGAGGAUCGGGUUCUGCAUUCUGAAUACGGACGCGGGAUAGGAGGCAUGCUGAAUGUCGAGAAGGAACUCUUCAUCGCAUGAUUGUCUCGGACUACAUUUUCUUUUGUGUACCGAUCUGACAGUAACGGUUUUGAUCUCUCUCUAUCUCUGUCUCCCAUUGUAGCACGCCUCUGGCAUGGCCACAUUAUGUUGAUUUUUUCUCAAAAGCAAAAUUCUUGGGAGUAUACAUGUGAACAAUACUUGAGAUGUGAGAACAGUUGAAAGCUGUGCUUGGCUCGUCAAUGGUUCAAUAA